AUGAGCAGAAAGAGCUCACAUUUCUGGUAAAGAGGCCCCGUGACCAGUUCCAGCCAUUCUUAGUCCCGCCCAGACUGAGAACUCACAUAAAGGACCAAAGGAGGACCCAAGAGGUCACAGCGGCUGUGAGGGGCUGGGAGCAGCCGGUCACCCAGACACCAUGAGUCAGUCCCUGCGGCCCCGCAGUUCCCUUCUAUGCUUCACGUUCCUACUGCUCUCUCCUGCGGGCCUAGCCUACGUUGCUACCAGAGAUAACUGUUGCAUCUUAGAUGAGAGAUUCGGUAGUUACUGCCCAACCACCUGUGGAAUAGCAGACUUCCUGUCCUCUUACCAAACCGAAGUGGACAAAGACCUGCAGGCGCUGGAAGACAUCUUAAACAGAGCUGAAAACAGAUCUACAGAAGCCAGAGAGCUGAUCAAAGCAAUCCAAAUCUAUUACAAGCCCGACCAGCCGCCAAAGCCAAAUAUGAUAGACAGUGCCACCCAGAAGUCUAAGAAGAUGGUAGAAGACAUUGUGAAAUACGAAGCGCUGUUAUUAACCCACGAGACAGGCAUUCAGUAUUUACAGGAAAUCUAUAAUUCCAACAACCAGAAGAUCACGAACCUGAAACAGAAGGUAGCCCAGCUUGAAGCUCAGUGCCAGGAGCCUUGCAAGGACACUGUGCAAAUCCAUGACACAACUGGGAAAGAUUGUCAAGAAAUUGCCAACAAGGGUGCCAGAGAAAGUGGACUUUACUUUAUUCGGCCUCUGAAAGCUAAGCAGCAGUUCUUGGUGUACUGUGAAAUCGACAGCUCUGGAAAUGGCUGGACCGUGCUGCAGAAGAGAACUGACGGCAGCUUGGAUUUCAAGAAGAACUGGGUUCAGUACAAAGAAGGGUUUGGACACCUGUCUCCUACUGGCACCACAGAGUUUUGGCUGGGAAAUGAGAAGAUCCAUUUGAUAAGCAUGCAGUCCCAAAUCCCAUAUGCCCUGAGAAUAGAGCUCAAGGACUGGAACGGCAGAACCAGCACUGCAGACUACGCUACGUUCAGGGUGAGUUCUGAAGCCGACAAAUACCGCCUGACCUAUGCCUACUUCAUUGGUGGAGAUGCCGGCGAUGCCUUUGAUGGCUAUGAUUUUGGAGAUGAUCCCAGUGACAAGUUUUUCACAUCCCACAAUGGCAUGCAGUUCAGUACCUGGGACAGUGAUAAUGAUAAGUUUGAAGGCAACUGUGCUGAACAGGAUGGAUCCGGUUGGUGGAUGAACAAAUGUCAUGCUGGCCACCUCAAUGGCGUUUAUUACAAAGGUGGUACUUACUCAAAGGCAGCGACCCCUAACGGUUAUGACAAUGGCAUUAUCUGGGCCACUUGGAAAAGCCGCUGGUAUUCCAUGAAGGAAACCACCAUGAAGAUAAUUCCCUUCAACAGACUCUCCAUUGGAGACGGACAGCAGCAGCACAUGGGGGCGUCCAAACAGGUCAGCGUGGAGCAUGAAGUUGAAAUUGAGUACCCCUAAUCAGCUGCCUGGGAGUGUUAGAUACAGAGGAAUCAACCAUUAACUUCUAUUACUGUACAUAGCUCCAGCUGUUCCCUCAAAUUUUCUUCUACACCCUCAUAUUCUAUUUAUUAAUUUGAGUUUUUUUAUAAAACGCUACUUAUGUAUAAAUGAAAAUUAAAAUCCACUUUGGAUCAUAUUUCUAAAUCAUUGGAAUCACAGUGAUUAAAAAUUAUUUAUUUCAGGAGACAGCAUUUUGGUUGACCUUUCCCCUAAAUAUUAAAAGUGAAGUUACUGUAUUUUGUAUAUUUUAUAAUCAGUUGUAAUCAGUGCUUUUAUUGUUUAAUUAUUUUUAAGUAUUUUAGGAUAUACUAAUAAAACAGAAGAAAAAUGUUAGAACUUCACAUGAUAAUUUUCCCGUCUGUCUUACCGCUGCGGCAUCUGUAGUUAAUUUUUUCCUUUUAAAGAAACAGUUAUAUUUUUUAAUAUACCUUUUGUUUUAUUGUAUGUUCAUAGGCUGAAGACAUUUAAAGAACAUUUCAAAGCUGAUUUGCUUUUUUAAAGGACUUUAUCCAAACAGAGAAAUAUAAUAUUUUUCCUAUGGGACAAUGAACUUUCAAAGCCUCACUUCACUUUAAGAGUUAAUGGAAUCCAUGCUGAAAACUCCAUUAGCAGUUUUAUGCUGGCAAUAAUUUAUCUACAUGCAUUGCAAUAAACAUUUUGUUUCCUAA